CAUAUUUCAGAAGUCACCCAACACAACCAAUAAAGCACAAAAUUAACAUUACUUAGUAGAAAGUCCCUAUUCUCCUAGUGAAAAAUGAAGCCAUCCUUCAUUAACAUGGCUAUUUGUGCAGUGCUAGUGCUGGUGUUGGCUAACACAGUUGAGGUAGCCAACGCAGUGAGUUGUAGCCCUGCACAGCUUAGCCCUUGCGUGAACGCGAUCACUUCAGCAAGCCCACCAACAGCAGUUUGUUGCAGCAAGAUCAAAGAGCAAAAACCAUGCCUUUGCCAAUACAUGAAAAAUCCUUACCUUAAAAAGUUUGUUAAUACUCCUAAUGCAUGGAAGGUUGCUAGGUCAUGUGGUACACCUUUCCCCAAGUGCUAAAUUUAUUUAUAUCCUCUCAAUUAAGUGUACUAUUAGUAGAUCAUGAUCUUGUAUUAUAGUUGGCUUGAGCUAUUUGGCUAUUAUUAGCUUAUAGCUUAUUAAAGGCCUAUAUAUCAUUAGUAUUGCUAUUAUAAUUGAGUGAAAUGCAGUUUAAAUGUGUCCUUUUAUACUCUACUUGGGUAUAGAUGAAGGGAUAUAUACAAAUUAAUGUAUUAUAAAUGUAUUAUCUUGUUGAGUUACCUUACUAUAUAUAUGAGGUCCCAUUUUGUGGUAAACACUUCAUAUAUAUAUACGAAAUGCAAGUUAUUCUAUUAUCAACA